AUGCCGAUAGCGCUCUACUUUGGCCUCUGGUACGGCGUUGGCCCGGGGACGAACACGCUCACCGAAAAGAAAGAAAAACUCUCCCCCAACGCCGUCUUCUCCAUCGUCACCGCGGCUGUCGGCGGCGCCAGCAUCGUGGAGUACUUUGUCCGCUUCUGGCGGCUUUGGCGUAAAGGGAGUACGUGUCGUGUCAUCGGGGCGCAUAGGUGGUACCUCGAUUGGUUUCACUGGAACUUUUCCUUUGCAUGGAUCAUCAUCAUGAUUGAACUCAUCGUAGGCACCGUCCCAAGAAAUCCCCCAAUCCGCCUCCUCUCCAUGCCCGUCCCAACAAUGCUCCUCGUCUUCGGCACCCAACUCCUCCUAAUCGACGCCCUCCGCGCCCUCCACCUCCCCUCCCCUCUCCGCAUCUCCUCCGUGCCCCGCAGAGCCCAGCUCCGACCGGGCAUCUACUCCCUCAUCGAAGACGUCUGCGCCGUCGACGGGUCCGGCGGCACCGAUUUCCGCGUCGCGCUUGAUAGGCGCUACGAGGCGAGCCACGUUUUUCGCGCGAUGCUGAGGCGGUUGGGUGCGUUUUGGGCUGUUGGCGCCGAGGGGUGUGCUGUGCUUUGUACGGCGUUGAUUUUUACGCUGGAUGGGGAGGUUGCGUAUGUUGUUGGGUGGUCGUUGCCGUUUGUGUGGGCUGGUGUCUGGACGGUUGCGACGUUUUGGUAUGUGAAGAGAGAGUUGAGGAGAGAGGCGAAGGCUUGGAGUGAGGAGGUUGCGAGGAAGGGUGUCGCGGGGUCUUCGUCCAUGGCGUCGGUCUGA